AUGGCACAUGCGGGCCACGACGACGGCCAUGGCGGCUUCCUCAAGUGCAUGCGCCCGCGCGAGCGCUUCGCGCUGCCGCAAGAGAAGCGCAAGACGCAUGCGCGCGUGCUGCGCCACUCCAUGUCCUGCUCGCCCACGAAGGCGGGCCGGCGCCGCUUCUUCUCGACGGAGAAAGCCCAGCCACGCGCCGCCAGCAAGUACCGCAAGAGCCCGACGCUUCAUACGACGUGCAAUUGCAACGGCUCGAAUCACUUUCGCUGCCGGUUCCUCGAGAGCCUGAGCUCGCCAGGGCGCGAGCCGCUCAGCUUUGACGAGCAGAUUGAGUUGACAACGAUGACGAGCAUGAAGAAGAAGAAGUGGGAAGAAAAGUUCAUUUCCAAGGAGUGGGAACUCAGCUGGUUCCAGAAAUGGCGGCGCCGCGUCGAAGAAGACGCUGUCGCGCACGACACGGAGCGGUCACGCGCCUCGUUCCAUGGCCCGCUAAAGCCAAAACACGAGGCGUCGUCGUCGUCGUCGGGCUUUCGCCGGCGGUCGCUCUCGGACGCUGGCAACAUGGGCUUCAUGGGCUUCUCGCUCGGCCAAUGGCAGGUCGAGUCGAUGCUGCGUGCCGGCAUUCCGAUCGAGUACCGCGGCCAAGUGUGGUUCCUCUGCAGCGGCGCCGAGCAGAAGCGGUCGUCCGCGCCGCCCGAUGCGCAGUACGACGCGCUGCUCUGGCGCGUCGACGAAGUGCCGGACGACGUGGGCAACGAAAUCGAGAAGGAUUUGUACCGGACCUUUCCGCAAGAGCCCGACUCGCGCGAAGAGCGCGAGGGCAACGUCUCGGAGCUGCGCCGGGUUCUCUCCAUGUACAGCCUCCGCAACCCGAGCGUCGGGUACUGCCAGAGCAUGAACUUCCUCGUCGCCGUGUUGCUCGUGUACAUGGGCGAGGAAGAAGCGUUCUGGGUCCUGGCCUGCGUCAUUGAAGACUUGGUGCCCGAGUACCAUACGACGUCGAUGGUCGGAUCCCGCGUCGACCAGCACGUCUUUCACGCGCUCGUCGCGCAAAAGCUGCCCGACGUCGCGUCGCACCUCAGUACCCUCCACGUGCACCUCGCGCCGCUCACGUUCAAGUGGUUCCUCUGCCUCUUUGUGAAUUCGCUUCCGCUCGAGACGACGCUGCGGGUCUGGGACGUCUUCUUCGCCGAAGGCGCCAAGGUCAUCCACCGCAUUGGCCUCACGCUCCUCAAGCUCCACGCCGAUGCGAUCCUCGCGUGCGACGAGGCCUUUGACGUCUACGAGACGCUGAAAUUCUCGACCGAGUCGCUGCGGCGCGCGACCGCCCCGUACCGGACGUCGCACUGGGGCCGCACCGACGACUACUGCGUCUGCGACACGCUGCUCCGGCUCGCGUUCGACAAGGCGUUUCUGGGCCCGUUCCCGUACGGCCAGAUCGUCGAGCUCCGUGUCCAUUUUGCGAGCAUCGUCGACGCCGAGCUGCUCUCGCGCCAUGGCGGCGACGACGACGACGACGUGUCCGAAGCCAAGCCGGACGAGUACGACUUUGUCGAGGACUUUGAGAUCAAAGAUUACGAUUUCCUGUCGUGCUCGGCGUCGGGGAACUACUGGUAA